AUGAACCCUUCGCGCUGGGAACGUUCUUUGGUGGUGUUUGGGCUUGCCAACUCUGGCUUCCCCCAUGAGUACAUAACGUGUGGUAAAACUUUUGGCAUCUCAAGGCCAGAACAAUUCCCUCUAUCAUAUCCAUGCCUAUCAAACGUAUCUUCUGGAGUAAAACGAACACACUCUUUGGGAUAUUUUCGAGAGCGGACAAGUCAGAGCGCAAGGUCGAAAAGUACCUCACAAAUAUAUACCUAUAUAAAACGACAAUCGUCUUUACUAAACCAUUGGUUUACGGCAGACAGGAGCGACGACAAAGCCAUGAAAGUCGGCGAGAUGAGGUGUUACCGGAAAGACCAAAUCGACUAA